AUGGGUGGAAAGGUAGUGGAAAUGUUCUCAGAUUCCAGACUGAUCGUAGGCCAAGUAAAAGGGGAACUGGAAGCUCGUGAUACAAGAAUGCAAGAAUAUUUGGGUCAGGUUAGGCGUAUACAAAUGAAAUUUGAAUUCUUUGAUUUAUCGCAUAUCCCUAGAAGUGGAAAUACCCAUGCAGACUCUUUGGCUACCCUUGCCACUUCCUCGGCACAGGUUUUGCCCCAAGUGAUACUUGUCGAAGAUUUAUGCACCCCUACCUCAACAAAGAAAGAUUUGCUCCAGGUCCAUCAAGUCAAGUUGGGAUCAAGCUGGAUGGAUCCUAUAUUGCUGUUCCUUGAAAAGGAUAUAUUGCCUAAUGAGAAAGCAGAAGUUGAGAAAAUACGAAGGAAAGCUCCUCGGUUUUGGUUGUCCGAGGAUAAAAAGUUGUAUAAACGUUCUUUUUCUGGGCCAUAUCUACUUUGUGUACAUCCCGAGACAUCAGAGUCACUCCUAGAGGAACUACAUGAAGGAAUCUGCGGAAGUCAUAUGGGGGAAAGAUCCCUAUCUCACCGGGCCAUUACUCAAGGAUACCAAUGGCCAGUUCCCCAUACUCUCAUCUCGGAUAAUGGCCUUCAGUUUGAUAGUAAAGCCUUCAGGCAAUACUGUUCUGAUCUGGGGAUAAAGAACAGGUAUUCCACUCCAGCCUAUCCGCAAGGAAAUGGGCAAGUUGAAGCUGUCAAUAAGGUUAUAGUGAAUGGAAUUGAAAAGAGGUUAGACGAGGCAAAGGGAAAAUGGGUGGAGGAAUUACCACAUGUCCUUUGGACGUAUCGAACAACACCUCGACGGUCAACAGGGGAAACCCCUUUCUCAAUAACAUAUGGAGCCGAGGCUGUAAUCCCUCUAGAAACAGGUUUCCCGACGUUGAGAAAAAAUGCAUUUACCCUGGACAGUAAUGAUGGGUUGUUGGAAAAAAGUCUGGACUUGAUCGAAGAGCGAAAGGAGAAUGCAAUGGUCCAACUGGCUUACUACUAG